UCUCUCUCUCCUGUUAGUCUAAUUUUAUUCUCUCUUUUCUUCUCUGUUUCUCUCAAUUGUCCUCUUUCUCUCUCUUCAAACCCUCCAUAAAAUCCGAUCUCCAUCCUUUUUUUUUUCUCUCUCUACCUUUUUUUUCCUGUGCUGCAUACGGUUCGAUUUUGUUUAUUGGUAAUUCAAAUUCUGAGCUCGGAAGCGGGAGGUGGAGAUCAGGAUCUCCGCCGUUUCUGGCCGGAAAGUGACGUCAUCUCCGGCCGUGAGCGCGGUAGUUGAGAGAUUACGCAAGCAGAAAACGGCCGAUUUCCUGAAUGGGGAGAUAGACGGAGAGAGAGAGAGAGCGCAAUUCGUAUGGAAAACAGCAAGGAAAAAAUGAAGAGAGAGAAAGGCAUCGAAGAAGCUUUGGAGGAGGUUAUUUGCACGGCACAGAUACCUAGAUCUCUUCCUCAAUCUCCCUUACCCUUGCCUUUUGCCGCAAUUUAUUCCCUUUCUUGUCAUUUUUAAAUUCUCUGUUGAUUCCUCUUUUUUUUCUUCUCUCUUCAAAUCCUUCUCUUAUAGUUGUCUCCUUCUACUCCUUGUUACCUCUUCUUCCUUUUGUUCUUCAAAAUUUUGCUUCUGAGUUCCGAGAAAUGGCGCUGUAAUUUUCGAGGGUUUCCUCGAGCCGUUUCUUCUUGAGCUUCCUUACAGAGCUUACGUGUUUUUACUUUGGUGGAAGCCAUAAAUACUUGAAUUUUUCAAAUGAUGAAUCGCCGUGGUUUUCCUCCUUCAUCUUUCUUUUCUGAGGAGGUGUGUUUGUCUGAUGAGAGGCAGGUUGGUCUAAGGAAGAUGGACCAUAUGACUAGUUACUCUGGUCUAAAAUUAGAUGGAACAUUAAGAACAGAAGGUUUUCCUUCAUCGCCUCUUGAAAAUAGAAUCCCACUGGAUUUGCAGAUGGCAAAGGGUUUUGCUCUUCCGGAUUAUUAUCUCAAUCAUGGUCGAAAUGUUAAUCAUUCUCUAGGAAAGCAUAUUGUUGGAGCAGAAAGAGCAGCCAGUCGUUCCUUGCCGAGUACUGUUGACCAUGUUCUAGGUUCUAGAACGAACUUGAAUAUGGAUUACGCGUCCUAUUUUUUCGAUGGAGAGAAAACAAAUCAAAUUGGUGCUCAGUAUGAAAACAGCCUCUUUUCAAGUUCAAUGUCCGAAGUAUUUACUAGAAACUUAAAAUUAUCAUCAAAUAAUGCUGCAUACCGUCACUCUGUUGCCUCCCAUUAUGAGGAAGAUGAAGCUUUUGAAUCACUUGAAGAACUUGAGGCUCAAACUAUUGGUAAUCUUCUACCUGAUGAUGAUGACUUGCUCUCUGGGGUGACUGAUGGUUUUGACAACAUUAUGCGAUCGAGUGGGGAUGACAUGGAAGAUCUAGACAUGUUUAGCAAUGUUGGGGGACUGGAACUUGGAGAAGAUGGCUACUCACAGAGAAACUCUGAACUGUCUGAUGUGAAUUCCAUUAGCCAGCUGGCAACAUCUGUUAUUGCAAAUGGCGGGGAACAUCCUUUCGGAGAGCACCCUUCUAGAACUCUCUUUGUGAGAAACAUAAACAGCAAUGUUGAAGAUUCAGAAUUGAAAACACUUUUUGAGCAAUAUGGAGAUAUUCGCACCCUGUAUACAGCAUGCAAGCACAGGGGUUUUGUUAUGAUUUCAUAUUAUGACAUAAGAGCAGCCCGCAAUGCAAUGAAAACUCUCCAGAAUAAGCCUUUAAGACGUCGGAAACUUGAUAUACAUUUCUCAAUUCCGAAGGAGAAUCCAUCAGAAAAGGAUAUAAAUCAGGGCACUCUUGUUGUUUUCAAUCUUGAUUCUUCUGUUUCAAAUGAUGAACUCCAUGAAAUUUUUGGUGUCUAUGGUGAAAUCAAGGAGAUCCGUGAUGCUCCACAUAUACCUCAUCACAAAUUUAUAGAAUUCUAUGAUAUCAGAGCUGCAGAAUCCGCACUUCGUGCAUUGAACAGGAGUGACAUUGCUGGAAAGCAGAUUAAGCUUGAACCAGGCCGACCUGGUGGCUCGAAAAGGUUAAUGCAGGUAUUUUCUUCAGAGAUGGAGAAGGAAGAAUCUGGUCUUCUGUUGCAACAGCAUAACGCUUCCAAUAACAUGGCAAUUGGAUUUUCAGGAUCACUUCCACUUGGGGGGAUUGCACCCGGUACAGAUAAUGGAAAAAUUCCCCACCUCUCAGCAAAUGGAGGCUCUAUUAAUCCCUUGCUGGAUGAUAUGCUUCACUCGUCUAGUGUACCUAACAGCUUACCAUCUCUAGUAAGAGCUGAACCAGUAAACCAGUCCACUAUCCCUGAAACUGGCCACUUGAGGAACCACCUGAAAUUUGAGCUCCACGGGUCGCCAAAUCUUCAUCCCCAUUCUCUUCCUGAAUAUCACGAUGGUUUAGCAAACGGUCAUCCCUUUGGUUCACCGAGUAAUAUGUCUGCCAAUAUUAUUUCCCGACAACAAGAAAUGAUUGAUGGCCAACAGUUUCGUAGAGUUAGCUCUAACGCUCAAUCAAUCGAGUUAAAUGAAGUGUUUGGAUCCUCUGGAAACGGGAGCUGCCCGCCACCUGGGCGUCACUAUAUGUGGAGUAAUUCGCAUCAUCCACAACCGCAGGCUGUUCUGUGGCCUAAUUCACAUCAUCCACAACAGUUGCAUGCAGUUCCAAGAGCACCUUCUCACAUGCUGAACGCACUUCUGCCUCUAAACAACCAUCAUGUGGGGUCAGCGCCUUCUGUGAAUCCUUCUGUAUGGGACAGAAGGAAUGCUUAUGGUGGAGAAUCGCCCGAUGCUGCUCUGUUUCACCCUGGUUCACUUGGGAAUAUGAGGAUCUCUGGUAAUUCGCCACAUCCAAUGGAAUUUGUCCCUCACAACAUCUUUCCUCGCUCUGGUGGAAAUUCUUUGGAUAUGCCCAAAAAUAUUGGAUUGCAUCCCCAUCAACAGAGGUGCAUGAUUUUUCCUUCGAGAGGCCAAAUGCUCCCUAUGAUGAGUUCAUUUGAUUCUCCUAAUGAACGAAGUAGAACUCGUAGAACAGAAAGCAACUCAACUCAACCUGACAACAAGAAACAGUUUGAGCUUGACCUUGACCGGAUUUUACGAGGAGACGAUAAGCGAACUACCCUUAUGAUAAAGAACAUUCCUAACAAGUACACCUCAAAGAUGCUGUUGGCUGCAAUUGAUGAACGUCAUAGAGGGACUUAUGAUUUCAUUUACUUGCCAAUUGAUUUUAAGAAUAAAUGUAAUGUAGGCUACGCAUUUAUAAAUAUGACUGAACCCACGCUCAUAGUUCCUUUUUGUCAGACAUUCAAUGGAAAGAAAUGGGAGAAAUUUAAUAGUGAGAAAGUAGCGUCGUUGGCAUAUGCUAGAAUUCAGGGAAAGGCCGCCCUCAUUGCACACUUCCAGAAUUCAAGCUUGAUGAAUGAAGACAAGAGAUGUCGUCCUAUACUCUUCCAUACAGAUGGUCCUAAUGCAGGCGAUCAGGUUCCAUUCCCAAUGGGUCCCAAUAUUAGAGCAAGACCCGGAAAAAUUCGAACCAGCAACUCUGAGGAAAGCAAUCUAGAUAACCCAUCAAAUUCUUUCAUGGGGGAGGAAUAUUUCAACGGAGAUUCAUCUUCUGGUUCGGGCAAAGAUUCUGAUUGAAUUGCUGCCCGCGCCUUUUUCUUUUGAGUAUCACUAACCUUCUAGAAAAAAAAAAAUGAAUAUGUCCUUGUAUUUUACAUCAAAAUUUUGUUAUUGUAUGUAUAUUAAGGUGUGGUAAGAAAAGACAGUGGAGGUGUAGUAACAUGGGGGGACUACGAAAGCGUAAUUUCUGGUGAACAAAAAAAUGUGUAGAAAUUGACAAAAUUGCCUGACCUAAAAAAGCAUUGCAUUGAAUUGUUGAUUUUGUGGUGCGCCGAGUUGACGAAGGAGCAACAUAAUGGAUGUGGAGCUUCAAAAUUUUGGAGAAAAUAUUACGAGGAGUUUCAUUAUGUAUGUAUAGAGUUUGUGAGCGACAGCAAAAAUUAUGCUGUAUGGAGGCGGUUUCGAAGGUCAUUUCCUUUUCUUUCUUUCUUUCUUUCUUUUCGGUUCCUCCUUUUUUUGCUCGGUUUUUUAUCAUCUUGUCAGAAACAGACUCUGCUAGAGAAUUUUUGUUGUGAUUCAUACAUUCUGUUGUCCUAUUUUAAUGUUCCUGAUAAAUAUUGAGUUUCGUCUACUUUUAAUCCACUUUGUUUAGUUGUCGA